AGUCGCCAGAGAACUGCCGGUGAGACAGGUUCGCUAAGAAAAGAAAAAGGAAUAAAAAAACGAAAAAUGUCUCUGCUACCACUCCUGUUCUCAAACUGGUGGGAAGACCUUGAGCAUCCACACCGGCUCUUGAAUCAGGACUUUGGCCAUGGCAUUAACCCUGCUGAUAUCGUAAUGCCAAGUUUAGUUCCAAUGCACUAUGGACUACCUCAUCAUGAUCGAGGGCACAUUAUACCAAGAUGUCCGAGUGUUGGAUAUCACAGAUCCUGUUGUGGACCAAUUAUCCAACCUAAGGGCGGUUUCUCCACCGUGAAGGCUGACAAGAAUAAAUUCGAAGUUAACCUUGACGUGCAGCAGUUCACCCCUGAGGAAAUCAAAGUUAAGGUCGUUGACAAAUCUGUGAUCGUCGAAGGAAAACACAAGGAGAAACAGGAUGAACAUGGUUGGAUUUCACGGGAGUUUAUCAGGAAGUACCUGAUUCCUGAGCAGUGCGACAUCGAGCAAGUUGCUUCCAAGCUGUCAUCAGAUGGAGUUUUGUCCAUAACUGUACCCAGGAAGGAUAAGCCGCAGAUCGAAGGUGAAAGGGUCAUUGCUAUUGAGCAUACCGGGAAGCCGGCUGUUCUGGAGAAGCCUGUUGUGAAUGACACUCAGCAGAAUGGCGAGAAAUAAAUGUAAUAAUCAUUCAAUACGUUUUUUGUCAAUACUUUGUCACUCCCAAGUAUUAUUAUCACAUAUAAUCAGUAUCAAAUACACGAAAACUAUGUAUACAUAUAUCUCAUAUAUAUCAAACAUUGAAAAUUAUAUAAUACCUAUAAAAAAAUGACUAUUUGUUAGACUGUAGUAAUACUGUAUUGCUAAUGCUAUUAUAAUAUAGCUGUAACUUUUGGAUAAAUAUAUAGUACUCAUUUAUGCCUA